UCCGUAGUACAGAAUGGCGGCUCUUUUGGAAUCGCUGCUCCAAAGUGAGGUGGAGUUGAACAGGGCGUUAAACUGGCUGAGAAGACGAAAAGGAUAUGAAAAUGAUGACCAUCAUCUGCUGCUAAAAGUUAGAAAGGAGGAGUUUGUGCCUUUCCUUCUGAAUUUCCUGAGGGACCAGAGCAGUAACACUUUGACCCAUGGCCCCUCUACCCCUGCCAAGACUCCUAGUUCUUCCAGGCCUCUCAGGGCCCAGGGCUACUCUAGCGAGCGCAGGGGAAACAGGUCAUCGACAGGGCAGGGAUCCCGCAGCACUAGUCGAGUCCAGCUCUUCUCACCUGUUAGCCACACAUCCCAAGUGGAUAACCCAAACGAGCUGGACACUCAGCUCAUUGGCUCUCAGGGCCUUACUGGCAUUAGUACUUUCAGCAGCCCCUCGUUCAGCUCAGGAUGGAGUCCUGCUGCAAGACACACACCUUCCGAGCGUAGAUCUGCCCAGCGCCCAUGUCUUGCUGACUUUAUGACCUCAUCCCCAGAGACCCAGUCCAGCCCCACCUUGCAGCAGCAUCGAGGGCGCAGGAGGAGUGGGCCAUUUGGAGCAUCUGCCACUAACCGACAGAUGGGAGCUCGUAGCGGCCAUUUGGAAGACAGUGGGCGGUGGGAUGGUGCAGGGAGGAAGGGCAAAUGUGGAGGAAAGAUUAGUGAGCCAGUGUCUCCACCCACACAAGUAGAGCUCAACUUCAACAAUUUGGAGGACUUUCCACCAGUGGGCAAAUCCCUUGUCUCACCUGUAACAACUAAACCAUCCCGGCGGAUCAACCCAACUCCUGUCAGUGCAGAACGACCAAACUCCAAGCCCAAAAGCUGCUUCACCUCCACACCUCUCAGCCAGCCAUGUAGUCCUCCUUCCAUGCCAGAGUCUAUGGGUACAGCACCAAGUGCUACAAGUCCCCUCUGUUUGCAAGAAGAGAGGGAGCUACUAAAGAAAGAAAGAUCUAAACUUGCACAGCAGACCAGCUCCCCCUUGAAGCCCAUCCCAGGUGUUUGCACCCCCACCAGACCAGUGAGACCAGGCCCCAAAGCAACUCCUGACCCCCAGACACCCUGCCCUGACCCUGCCAAAGUGACUAAUGCAUCGGAGCUGAAUCUUUUAGCUGAGCUAUACUGUGCCUGCAUUUCAGAGAACUUGGUGCCGUGUGUGUUCCUGGAGCUGUUCUUCGUGCUGCAGUUGCUGACCACACGCAGUGUGUUUGCCUCUGAAACCGAGGAACAGGCCCACAGUGUGCAUGUGGGAAAAACAGACGCCCUUGAAAGAGCUUAUCUUGGAAAUGUACACAACUGUGUGUAUUUUGCAGUGCGAGUUCUGGAGAAUCAUUUUGCGCUGCUCUCACACCUGGAUCGCUGUACACUGCGCCUCCUGGCAGAGAAUGAAAGAGUGGGGGCAUUCUCUCCAGCCUUGCGUGAUCGCCUGGUACAAACUCAAGACACUUGUAGAGCUAAAGUUCUCCCUGAUCCCACCACGUUCAUACAUUCAGUACCGUUCCAGCCAGCAACUGACAACCGCACCAACUUUAGCAGUGACAAAGCCUUUCAUAUCUUCAAGAAGCAAAGAGAUAUAUUUUAUGAGUUACUGAGGGAGUGGGAGGAUUAUCAUAAGGAGCCUGGGUGGGAGUUUGAGGCAGCGCUAGGCAACAGAGUCAGGACAAUGGUCAGUCAGCUAACUGCAGCAGGAAACCACUGUCAUUUUGCUAGGCUUUUCCAGAAACAACUGGUCCAGAUGUGUAAGGGUCCCAGAGUGCUGGGUUCUCCUAGUGAUGCUCCAGAUGCAGACCUGCUGGGCAUGGUGGGUGCAGAUAGUCUAGGGCGCCUCAAACGCUUGCAGGAGCGUCUGAUCCAGCCACAGGCUCUAAGUGGACCCUGUCCUCCACCUUCUUUCCCUGGGCACCAAGAGUUCUUCAAAGACUUUCUGCAGACAGCCAGCUGCUGCCAGUUGAACCAACACUUGAAGGAUGGGUUGUGUCAGCAGCUGCUGCAGUUGAAUGAAGUGUCUAUCCUGGGCCCUGAGGCCACCUCAGCAGCCGGAGAGGAGGGGGCAGAUGGGGACAUGGAACAGCAGGAUGAGAAGCAGCGGUUCUCUUCUGUACUGCUUGUGGCUCGACUGCUGGCUAAGUUCCUGGGCUUUAUCUCCUUUCUGCCCUACCAGACCUCUGAGGCUCCAUCCAGAGAGAUCCAGGAGGCUGCCAUUGCUCUCCGCAGCAAGUGUGCUCCAGUUCUGGAUGUCUGUGGAGUGUUGAGGAGUUGUGUGCAUAGGAAGCGCACUGUGCUGACUGUCCCAUGGCUGGUUGAAUUCCUCUCCAUGCUGGACUACACUGGCCCAUUUCUGCCUUGCUACAGGACUGCCCUAGGUCUACUACUUCAGCUCUACAGGCGGAUGAGGUUAAGUCAAGGGCAGUUUUACUUGAAUCAGCUGCUCUUGGUGGCAGUGCUGGGCUGGCUUUUCCAGAUCCCAGUCUUCCCUGAGGACCUCUUCUUUAGUGUGGAUAUAAAAGAUGAACUGGAAGAAUUGGAGAAUCACAUUAGCAGCCAAGGACUGGACUGUCUGGCCUUGGUGGAUCAACAGCUUCUAUAUACCUGUUGCCCAUAUUUAGGGGAGUUUCGCAAACUACUGGCUGCAUUUGUGUCAGGAAGUGCAUCCAAGACCGGAGGCUUGAUCCGCAAGAUCACACCCACAUCUGCAGAACCCAGAGGACCCCCCACCAACCGCUCCCAACAGAAACUCCAUCUGGACCUGGAGCAAGCUUUUUUUCAUAACCAGCCUCCCUCACUGAAACGCACUGUGGAAUUUGUGGCAGAGAGAGUCGGAUCCAACUGUGUCAAGCACAUCAAGGCCACACUGGUGUCAGAGUUGGUGAAGGGUGGAGAGAAGACUCUCAGGGACGGUUUGGGCUCAGAAGGUGUUAAUGCAGCCAAGCUGAAUGUCUCUAUCUGUGCUCAGCUCUGUGAUGCAGGCAUGCAGGCCCUAGAGAGAGCCACCAGGUUUUGCAGUGCAAAUGCUCCCAGAGCUGUAAGGGUUCUUCUGCCUGAAGAGACAUCUGAAACUGUUAUGACCACGGCUGAAAGCAUCACAACCCGGCUGGCCACGGAGAAAGCUUGUAGCUGGCUCUCCUCCAAUAUCACAACUCUGAUAAAAAGGGAGUGGAAAAGCAGUUUUGAGCGGGUGAUGAAAAAUGUGCCGUGCCCAGCUAAUACAGAGUCUGCAGAUACAGAUGGAACAGGCCAGAGCCUGCAGCUGCUAAGGAACUUCUCAGGACAGGAUGCUGUGUCUUCAUGCCCUCCAGAUUGCACCCACAAGGCUCCACUGUCGUCAGAUGUUAUUAUCGAGAUAAAGGAGGUGUUGAGCAUUGCAGUAGGACCCAGGACUGAAGAAGAGGUUUUAAUGGUUCAGCAGAUUGACACUUUACUAUAUAAAGUGGGGCAGACACUGAGAUGCAGAAAAUUCAUGUCUUCAGUAGCUGAGCAGAUGCUGUUGCGUUGUACUGUCCUGUUGGCCUGCAAACUAGUGUUAGGAGAGCUACCUUUGAUGUCCUCAUUUGAGAGUACCAAGAGAGCAGGUGUUGAUGUUCGGUCACUGUUGGAGGACUUUGUUCUUCUGUGGACUAAUAUUCCUUCUGCCCCUGCACCUUUGCACCUUCUCCUAAGUGAGCCUACACUCACAGCUGUCCUCCAUGCCAGUGAUAUGCAGAGACGUAACUACCUGCUCUUGAUCACGCUGCUCAUAGAGAAAGGGCUUCUAAAAGAGGAGGAAGUAGGCCGUCACUGGAUAAAGCUAUCGGAGUUAUCCUGGCCAGUGGAAUCUAUUGAGAAGUUUCAGAAGCUUUCGUUGGUCUCGGCUUCACCAGUGCCUUCAGUCAAACAUAGUGACAUACUGCAGGUCUCACCAUGACCAGCAGAUGGAGCCACCCUACACUACACGGAUGAUUCAGGCAAAACACUUGCAUACAGGAAAACAAUUAAGACCACAGUGAUUCUUUGUUUAUUACUUUAAAAAAAAAAAGUUAGUAAUGAGUUCACAACAUGGAGAGGAUAUGAGACUGUAGAUAUUUGUUGUGUGCCAAAACAGUGCCAGAAGUGACAUUAAUUUCCUUCAAACAGCCCUCUUUGGGUGUAGCCUUAAUGCCACAGCCUCUUGACUUAGAUUUUGUGUUGCGUCUAGCCUUGGUUCUGGCAAAUUCAUCUGGCUAUGCUACACCGUCACAGUGCAAUCAAGUGUACUAGAAUCUAAUUGGUUGGCUUUGAAAAACUGUAUAGUAGUAAUAUAACAGUAUGAAAGUCGAGCAAAAUUGGUAAGGCAUUUCAAAAAUUGAAAGGCAAUGUUGCCUGUAUUCUGGAACAAAUUGAUAUUCAAGAAUGCCUAAUGGAAUGAAAGUUUUAUUACUUAGUCUAAUGCUCCCACUUCAGAUGGGGAGGUGCUGUGAUGCAGUAGGUUGUGCUGUUGCUUGGAAGUCAAGGCUGUUUUUUUUUCUUAUUGUCAAAUGUUGGUGCAUAAAGCCAGUCCCUCUGCUACAAAAACUAGAGUUGUUUUGUACACCUGUGACAUAUAGGCCUAAAAUGGCAUAUAUCUUAAGACAGUUAUGCACUUCACGUUAUCUUAGAUGUUUGCUUUGUAUUCAUGAUUAUGCUUUAACCAUGGAAACAUUUUCUGAUUGCUGCUUCAGGUGUAUGUCUACAUCUGUGCAUUUGUUGCUAUGAAUGCUUUUGGAUGCUACUUUUAAUGAACUCUUGGUUCACGUUGGACAUAAUGUUAAUAUUAUUGGUUGGUUUUAACCUGUUUAAUGUCAAACAUAAUAAAUUUGGUAUUUGAAUGUUU